CUUGCUCGGUCGCGGCUAACUUCAGAGCUGUUGUGAACAAUGGCGACGUUUCGACGAAAGUGACAUUCUAACGAACAAAUGUGUUUUUACACUUUAACGUUAAUCUUCUUUUGUAGAUAAUUAAUUACGCUCGUUAGCUGUUAGCUGGGUAGCAUCUGCGUUUUAUGAUGGCUUUGAACGCGAACGCGUUGUCCAGUGACAUAAGCCGAAGAAAUCCACAGGACGAGUACGAGCUCAUUCAGAGGAUAGGUAGUGGAACUUACGGAGAUGUUUACAAGGCCAAAAGACUUUCCAUGAAUGACCUCUCCGCUAUUAAGGUUAUCAAGUUGGAACCAGGGGAUGAUUUUGCAAUUAUUCAGCAAGAAAUUUUGAUGAUGAAAGAUUGCAGACACCCUAACAUAAUCGCGUAUUACGGAAGCUACUUGAGGAGAGACAAAUUAUGGAUUUGUAUGGAAUAUUGCGGAGGGGGUUCUCUACAAGAUAUAUAUCAUAUAACUGGACCAUUAUCAGAAAUACAAAUAGCGUACAUGUGUCGAGAGACACUUCUGGGAUUGGCUUACUUGCAUAGCAUGGGCAAAAUGCAUCGUGAUAUUAAAGGUGCCAAUAUAUUGUUAACCGAAUCUGGCGAUGUCAAAUUGGCUGACUUUGGGGUAUCUGCGCAAAUUACUGCAACUAUCAAUAAAAGGAAAAGUUUCAUCGGCACCCCGUACUGGAUGGCACCCGAGGUUGCAGCUGUAGAAAGAAAAGGCGGAUAUAAUCAGCUUUGUGAUAUUUGGGCAUGUGGGAUCACCGCAAUAGAAUUAGCAGAACUCCAACCACCUAUGUUCGAUUUACAUCCUAUGCGAGCGCUCUUUCUCAUGUCGAAAUCUGGUUUCAAACCACCAACGUUAAAAGAUCGAGACAAAUGGAGUCCGACAUUCCACAAUUUCGUCAAAGUCGCUCUGACGAAAAACCCUAAGAAACGACCUACAGCCGAGAAGUUACUGCAGCACGCAUUUUUUCAAGGCGAAAUGAGCAAACGUUUAGCUUUGGAAUUGUUGCAAAAGGUAUCGAAUCCUAGUCAUAUGUUUACUGAUUUAGAAGCUGAUGAAGAUGGAGCUGUACCUAAUGUCCCACAGAGGAUUGCGUCGCGACAUACUGCAAGACCUAGACCAAAAAGCCCCAUACCACAAUUAGAUAGCGAUGAUCAAAUUAAUCUCGACGGAACGUUACAAAGAGAUUCGAUAUCGCCAUCCGUGGACACCAGUCCAUCAUGGGAUAUCAUGGAUAUAAUGAAUAAUGUAAAGGCUGUUCAUAACUGUGAUGUACAUCCAGACUGUGGCAUCGGCACUGCAUUCGAAGACGUGCAAGAAAAUACUGUUGGCGCGAACGUUACAACAGAUAGUAGACUGUCACGUCGAAGCAAAACAGGCACAGAAAUAUUUCAUAUGAGCUUAAGGAGUCUAUUGCAGUACAUUGAUGAGGAGUUGUUGCUAAGGGGGAAUGCAAUGUCGAUGGUUGGUGGGCAUUGCGACCAGCUAUAUUCCCUGCAAGCUACGCUUCCUCUUGGAGAAUCGUCGAACGACUGCGAAGUGCACUGCCCUUAUUAUAACAUGUCAGGAUCUCAAGCAAGUCCCAGGCGCCACAGCUCUGUGGACGAGUUGUAUGGUCUGGUGAGCAGUACCCAGUCCUUAACCGCUGUCAAUGGACAACGCCAACGAUCUCUCUCAGACAGUGGUCCUAGAGAUGAAUCCCUACAAUCCAAUGGUCAAAAUGAGGUGUCAGGCGACGGAGACGGAGAAAGUAUGAGUCCAGACUUAUUGUCCGAUACUCCACCUGUUCCUCCAAGAAGAAGGGACAGGAAACGUCAUACACCUCCCAGACCUAUCAGCAACGGACUACCGCCUACCCCCAAAGUCCACAUGGGAGCGUGUUUCUCAAAAGUAUUCAAUGGUUGUCCACUGAGAAUACACUGUACCGCAAGUUGGAUUCAUCCAGACACGCGAGAUCAACAUUUAUUGAUCGCAGCCGAGGAAGGAAUUUACAACUUGAACCUAAACGAACUCCACGAGACUGCGAUAGAUCAAUUGUAUCCGAGACGUACCAUUUGGAUGUACGUCAUUAAGGAUGUCCUCAUGUCCCUUUCUGGGAAAACACCUCAACUAUAUAGACACGACUUAUUAGCGAUGCAAAGUAAACAGAGCCACAGGUUUUCACUGCACAUGAACAAAAUACCAGAGAGAUUAGUACCUAGAAAGUUUGCUCUGACCACUAAAGUACCAGACACGAAGGGUUGCACCAAAUGUUGCGUUGGGAGAAAUCCUUACAACGGUUACAAAUACCUCUGCGGUGCGAUGCCAACUGGAAUAUUUUUAAUGCAAUGGUAUGACCCCCUCAACAAGUUCAUGCUGCUAAAGCACUUCGAAUGCAUCUUACCGGCGCCGUUGAACGUAUUCGAAAUUAUCAUCACACCCGAAAUGGAAUAUCCAAUGGUGUGUGUGUCUGUAAAACAACCAUAUCAGCAAAAUAAAUUGAAGUUGGAUUUAAUUAAUAUGAACUCGGGAGCAAGUUGGUUUCACAGCGAUGAAUUGGAAGACAUGGAUGGUUCGGCCACUGUGAUACCAAGAAGGGAGAACCUUAACGCUAUCAAUGUUACGCAGUUAGACAAGAAUUCAAUAUUAGUAUGUUACGACAAUGUAGUGAGAGUGGUGACGCUGCAAGGAAAACCUAGGUCGAGUAGGAAACAUAUGUCGGAAUUACAUUUUAACUUUCAAAUCGAAUCGAUCAUUUGCUUACCGGACAGCGUAUUGGCAUUCCAUAAGCAUGGGAUGCAAGGUAGGAGUUUUAAGAAUGGCGAAGUUACACAAGAAAUCAGCGAUCCGAGCAGAACGUACAGAUUACUUGGAUCAGACAAAGUUGUAAUGCUAGAGAGCCAUUUGGUUCAGUCGGGCACGCUAACUGAAUCCGAGGGAGCAGACUUGUACAUACUUGCUGGACACGAGGCCAGUUACUAAGUUUCAUCUUCCAACUGUGAAUGCGCAGACGGAACGCGUCGCAAGUGAAUUGUGAUUUGGACAGACUGCAUUGUAAAGUAUAACGUGACUGUACUGAGAGGCAGUGGUUGACGUUGGUAAGAGAAAAUUGUUAAUUAUCCUGUUUAAAGUGCACAUGAAUGAAGAAAUUGAUUACCGACGUACAUCAGCAUACACAUCAUUCGUCACUGUUCUCCAUAUAGUCAAUGCUACAUAGACUGGUUAUUUACCGAGAACUUUUUAACGAAAACAGAUUUAGAAUUAGUGUGAUCGAUAUUAAAGGAGAGAAAGAAAGAGAUCACAGUGGGAUGGAAUAUUGAGAGGAAUCGCGAAUAUAUUUAAAGUAAUAUGUAAAUUUGCCCUUAUGCCUGACAAAAUAAAGCUUAUACCGAUCGAAUUUCCUCAACGAAAGAAACAGAAACGUACAGCGCUAUCGCAAAAUUACCCGGAAACCUAAGUUAGCGUAUAUCAAAUAUUUCAAAGAGACAUUCGUUACGAUACAACAAUAUAGUAAAUUCUAGACGUGAGUUUUGAUUUGAAAACUUCUUUCCCCUUUUCAAUUAAUCUAAUUACAUUGGCGAGUUACGAUACUCGAGAACCACGCGUAUUGUACGAUAAUUAUGUGUAGAUAUACGAAUACUUAUAUUUUUAGAAUGAUUUUUAGAUUGUAUCACGAUACGAGAAAUCCCAACACCCUAGAUAUGAAUUAAUUGUAUCGUCGUAAGCUUCACAUAGAAACUUUGUACGACUCUUAUAAGAUAUUGGCCAAAGGUAGUUUAAGUAGAUUAAUAUAUAAUUGACCAUUGAACAACAACAAAGACAACGAUUUAAAUACAAAUUAGUUACCGAGUAUAAAAAAUUCUAACGCUUAUCGUAUGUAUUUUUCUCGCGACGAAUAGAAACUAAAUUUGACAAACGUACAUUUCCAUUCUUUUGUAUAAGUUUUGCUUUGGUAGGCAUUGGGCUGUUGCAUCAAAGUUAUUUUAAUAAGACAUUGCGUUCAUCAGUGUCUCUAAUUUUGGACGAUUGUACUAUGAAGAUACAAUAUAAAUUGCAAAGUAGUUUAUGAUGGCAAUCAUAAAUUAUUUAUUUUAAGAGGUAUAUACGGAAAGGCUUAGCAGUUAAUUCAUUCGAACAGAUCCAGAUCGUUUUACCCAGUACAUAUGAAAUUUUUUGACGCAAUUGCGUCAUUCUGUGUAUUCUAUCUCACACAAUAGUGUUGCAGGUUAUGUAAUUAAUUAACAAAUUAUAUUGAUGAUCGGACCUGACAGCAAUCAGAAUCUAAACAUUAUUUCUCUUGUUCGUUUGGCUUUGUUUUUCUUUGAAAAAAAAAAAAUUGCCUUCAAUGAUUACACACUAAGAAUAACUUAAUAUUCUUUCGUAUUAUACGAGCACAGUAUUCGUUUGGAAAAGAGUUCAUUUCCGUGAUAUCGGUGGAAAUAACUUGCUUCUGUGAAAUACUAAUGAAAUUAAGUGUAUUUUGUGUGAUUGGUUCUUAAGACUGGGAGAAAUACAAUUUCUCGUUUGCGAAAGACUUUCUUAAUUAUACACAAACGAUGUAUUUAGGAGGAAGAGUGCUGGAUGAAUAGAAUUUAAGAACAUUGAUGUGCAAGUUGCAUCGACUAUUUCUACUUUAUGGUUCGCUUCGUAAUUAACUCGUUUUAAAUAGUUGAAUUUUUUAAUUUUACUCGAGAUGGGGUGACGCGGUAUUUUGUAAUUGAUAAUGUUGGUGAUUUAUCAAUGAUUCGAUUGAAGUUUAUGUGAUAUAUAUUUCCGUAAUUUCUUUACGUAAUUAAUAUAGAAACAAUUAUUCUGCUAUGUUCUGUAUUACGUGCAGUAUGUAAUAUAGUAAAUGUUUCUGUUUAACGUCUAAGCAACGUUUUUAAUUAAAGGUAAUAUUGAACUUCAUCGAUAUAAAACUACUAUAAAUAUCACACGAAAAUAAUCAUUCUUUUGUUUCUAAUUAUUUAUCCAUAUUUUAAGAGAACGCGCUUCUGUAUAUAGAUUUUUUAUUUAUAUAGAAAUUGUUUAUAUCCUUUAUGUAAUUUAAUAAUACUCAUUUUUAAUGUGUUUCUGUUACGGUAUCGUAGCUUAAAAUAAAUGUCAAAGUGACCAGUUUCAAUAAAACUUUAACAAUACGAGUAGAAAAGUAUGUACGUUUUGCAUGCAGCAAGUAGCAUAAAAUAAAAGACACGUCCGCGCUUAAAUAUUUAUUUUAGUCUGUAAUUACGUUAGUCGAUGUUAUAUUAAAAUUUAAAGAACAGUUUCGAAAUUUAGGUUUCUAGAGAUUUAUGAAUUUUUGUAUUAUAUAUUCACCGAUGAACAAUUUAAAGACAACUAAAAUUAAAAUAAAAAAACAAUGGGAUGUUAAUAACGUUUAGAAUAAUAGUUUUACGUAAUAUUCAACUAAUUGGAUUAAUCUAGAAUCACGAUUUAACUUAUAUCGAAAGGAAGAUGUUCGAUUUUGAAAUUUUAAGUAGUUAAUUAAAUAAAAUUAAAGAAACAAGUGCUUUUCUGUAUAGCUUAAAUUUUGUUAGAAUAAUGGUAAUUUUACUAUUAGCGUCGAAUAAUAAGAUCAUUUAAAUUCCAUGUAAUUCGGCCAAAAAUACUAAUAAGUGUAGAUUGGUUUCGUACUCGUGAUCAGGCCUUUUGAGAAUUAAAUAUUAGGCAAUUUAUGAAUAAUUACUAAGAAAUUUUCGAUAAAAUCUAUUAACAAUUUGUCGCGUUAUACAGCUAAUCAUUAUUAUAGCCAAUUAUUUUUUUUUUACAAAUAAUAUUUAACGAAUUGCAUUCGAACUUAUUGGUGUCCUUUAGAUGCGAAUUAGUAGGUUUAAACGAGUAUUGUAUCUAGCACUUUUCCAUCCAUUAUCGAUUGUUGGCAUCUUGCACACUAAAGUAAUCGAUUUGCAACAACAAGAACGAAAUGUAAAUUGAACUAGGAAGGAUCGACAGAGUAAAAUUAUCUUGGAAAUGUUGAGAUAUUUUGGUAUUUUAUAUGAAGAUUUGCUCUGUAUAUAGGAAGUAGGUUACAAAAGAAAGUAUUAUGCUAUUAAAGGUUUACUAUAAUAGUAUCAUAUCUAACUGCUUAUUGUGGUAAAUAAUUAUGUUACAUUUAUUAUUGUAUCCAACCUCGAGACAUAAGUGGUGUAACAUAAAUGUUUAACAUUUUCGAUUUCAUUUUUAUUGUUACGAUUUUCCUACAUUCCAAAAUAUUUCAAAUAUUCAAACAUAUAUUUUAUAUUAUAUCUUUGAAUUAAAAUUAAAAAAAAAAAAAUAUUACUUAUACUUGUUUCCAUCGAAGACGAUGGUUAUAAAUUUAUUUCCAGGUAUAUUCAUUUUUAUGGCACGUUCUUACACCACUUAUGCUGUGGCAUAAUUUAAUACGUAACGCGAGAUUUGUUAUUACAAAAUGCAGCAAAAUUGCGUUUAACGAAAUAAUAUUCCGUGCUGACAAUUUUUGUAUAAAAUGGAAACAAUUGAAACGAUUGUGUGUUCAAGAUAUGUCCAAGAUAGUUCACUUUACCAUUUUAAAUGUCACUCUUGUCUUUUACAUCGUUUUUUAGACACGUUUUACACACUCUGUUCGAAUAUUUCAUUCCUGAUGUUAUAAAUUUUAUAUAACACAAUUUAUUCAUUCAUUGCAAUGGUUUCAAAGUAGCUCAAGUAUAAUUUAAUUGAGAUUUAAAUAAGUUCAAAUUUUAAAUAUGCCUAAUUAUUUAUAUCAAACUUUAUGGUUGCAACUAUAUUCAAAUAUAUAUAUGUAUGUAUAUCGAAUAUACUUAUACAUUUAACGUGGCAUUGAAGACAAGAGAGAUGUUUCAGGGAAUACGAUUAAGCAGGUCCAUGUUGCGGUAUGUUUACCAUGCGUUUGUGUCAACAAUUCAGUAUGCAAUUACAAUCAGUGAUUAAGCAAUCAAAUUACCGAACGAAAUGUUUAAUCAAAUUGUACAACUUGGUUAAAGAAAAAGUCUACUAGAGCGUUGUUCAUACAGAUUGGUAGGCCUUGUAAAGGAAAAGUGUAUAAAGCAAUGUCUUCCCUGUAUUUGCAACUAAGCAUAUAUACAUACGAACAAUUUUUGUUUGUUUUGAAACAAUUAUCAAUUGAAUUUCUCUCAUUACUUAGUUUGAAUUGCUGAUGUUCGCAAUUAGUCGUGUUUGUUCCUAACUUUUGUUAUAUACAGUUCAGUAUAUGUACUAGGUUGUUUUUCCUUAGCAAACCGUUUCUAGCGCAUGUUUAAUUUAACAAUCAAAUGCUCACAAAUCAUAGAAUGUAUUUGAUUUCCUGUGUUCGAGCAACAAUUAUUAGGAAUGAAUUAUCGGUAUAUCUCUAAAUUUCUGAUCGAGAAGCUUGCGCUUUGUAAACGUUAAGAAUGAUUUUCAAGAAAGUGUGGAAUGGUGUGAUAUAGAUUACUAGAACCAAUGAGAGAUGCGGAAAGUCUAUGAUAAUAUGCUUUUCAAGCAUUCAAAGUGAAUAUAUAUGUAUGUGUAUAUGGAAAGAUAUAGUCGUAUUGGUAAUAUAGCCAGGGAAUAUCUUGCAAUAAAUUGCACCUGGAUAUAAAUGUUAUUUUACAAGUCAGUCGACUCUACGCACAAUUUAGACACGAGUAACAAUUCUUUCACUUGUUUUCUAGUUCUAAAACGCUACUUGAAAACAUGCUAGUUAACAUGUUCAAUAUUCUUGUACUUUAGAGGAGUUACGUACUUUCCGGAUAUAUUACUAAUUUUCUUUUUAUCUUUGAUACACAUAUAUCCUUCUGAUUUGUUUAAAUGUAUCAAACGUUUGAUCGGUUAUAAUGGUAUUCUGUAAAGCAUCCGUGUACCAGUGUCGAUAACCUACUCCAAUAACGGCGUAAAUAGUUACACUGUAAUGUUACCUGGCAAAUUUUUGUAUUAUUGCAAAGACAAUAAUUUCAUUUAUAGCGUCGAGUAUUGGCUAAACGCGAAAGGAAAAGACAUUUACACCGACAGCAAGAAAGCGACUCGAGAGUCUUAGGAAAAGGGUGAAGAGUGUGUAAAUAUACAUAAUCUUUGGGAGACCAACUAUUAGGAAACAUAAAGUUUAGAACAGAGACGGGCAAAAUUUUAUUCAAUAGACGACGAAUAAGAAGUCAUAGAGAUUAGUUCUGAUUCAUUCAACCUGAACAAUAAUUUCUUCACUCUGUGAUUUAAAUUAUAAUUUCUAUUCGAUAAAUAGUAGAUAGAAAGUGACGUAUCUUUUGUUUUGCCCGUCUCUGAUAUAAGGAGGAAAACGCAGAAACACAGAAACAUGUUACAUGCAAAUUUUACAUAUCCGUGUUCUACUUAUGACCAUAAAAUUCUAAAUACAACCCUCAAUAGAGUUUUGUUGGAUAUAGUGCAUAGCUGAAAUAUUUAGUUUUUAUCAGAUCUCAAUGUGCAUAUUAAUAUACUGUGUGUGAAUCGAGUGCCACGCGUGAAAGUCAAUUCGAUGACUUUGUAAAGGGUCAUUUUAUAGAGUCAUCGGAGGGUUGAUAUGUUUUUAACCGAUUUCACACACAGCGUAGAUUUCUCUAGCGGUAGGACAACUAGUACAGCGAUAACAUGUACCUGUCCAUAUUGACCAGAUCAGUGUCUUUGCCUCUACAUACAAACGGAGGGUAGAAAACUAUCUUGGAGUUACAGGCUCGUAUUUCUGAACUUGUUACAGUCACGGGUGUUUGUUAUUGUGUUCCACCUAUGCGGAAUGCGUACACUUGCAACGUGAGUUUCAGGGAAACGCAAUAACGAGCAAGUUUCUGUCCACAAUGGGUUUAAAAAUAGUAUUCUGUGACACUCUUAGUUUUAUAUUCUGUAUCAUUUCAUUUCGAUAGUGUUUCAUAUAUUUAUUUAACCCUGAGAGCGAUAAAUAACGAAAAUAAAUCUUACAGGCUUUACCGUUGACGUUUGGAAACUACUUAAGAGACCAAUAUUUUGUCUACUCAAUUUUCUCUCUUGGAAGAGAUUUAACUUUGUUUUCAGAAAUGAUUGAUGACUCUAUUAUUACUGUAUUUAUCACCAAUGGUAUAGUUUGGUAUCGCUUUCAGGGUCCAGAUCAGAAAUGGCUAGAAUUUUAUUCAAGCAACAGAUACCUAGCGAAUAGAAGUUGUUUAUCUUCUACUCUGAUUAGUAACGAUUCUAUGUUUAUAUCAGCUAUGUAUUAUGUUUUCCAUGGAAGUGCAAAUGUAUAACAGAAAAAAAAUAUUUUAAGAGGCAAGUACGUAUUGUAAGAAUGACGAGUUGACUUAGAGAGAACGAGACAAACAGAGAUACGCAACGGAAAAAAGAUAUAUAUAUAAAUCUAAAUAUAUUUAAUAAAAUUCUUUAACGAAGAAAUAUAAGUUCAAAGAAGUAUAAAUUAGCGCGAGAUAACGAUACCGAGAUUUCGUUAGUUUUGUGCCGUUUCAAGGGAGAACUAUAAGAAAUUGUCAAUAUGUCAAUAGCACGUUAUUAACCAAAGCUUUAGCUGCGAAUAGAAGCGACGAUUAAUGAAAUUAUUCUUACAAGAUGGAAUCAUAUAAGAGCGCGUCGUUGUCGCAUAAAUAAAUUCUAGGUUUAAGGUACUCCUGUAUAGAAAAAUUAAUUAACGCGUUUCAGUUAAUCUCUUGGUAUCAGUAUUUUCCAACUUUUCUAUCCUUUAAGUUGCUUCGUAUGGGUCAGACUGUGAAUUUUAUAUUCUAAAAGAUUGUUCUAAAGAUCAACAAAUAUCAAAUUUACAGUUUAUACCCUAAGUUUGUUUAAUUUCAAGGAAACCACGUCGCGUUAAAUAACUCCAGGAUGUCCUGCAAGAUUUAGAUAUUCAGAAUUAUUGACAUUCCAGUUGCUCUUAUAUCUUUAUUCUUGGUUGGAAAGCACUGAUUUUACCCUUUCGAUGCGACAAAUUUGUCUGAUUUGUCACAACCUAUAUAGAAAAGAUUAGAUGUGUGCUAGCGUUGUAGUUAAAAUUGAUGACUGAAAAGGCUUUUAGCAAAGCUUGCGGAGAGAUUGAUCUAUAACAAACAAAAUAUUUACUCUCUGCGUGCAACGGAAGACAACUCGUACGAAGUUGUUAUUUCGCUGAAAAAUAUAACGUUAAUUGGCCUUUUGUUAAACAAUGGACCAGCGUCUUCGUAUCGAAAGGGUCUUUUCUUCUGCGUUCUGCGACGCUUCCUCGUUACUCGAACCAAACGUAAGGAGGAUCACCCCAGCGUACAACACCUCAGAGAGCGUAGGGACUCUGUAAACGAGACGAAUCUUAAUUUAUUCUUUAUAUUUAUAUUCCGUAACCGAAACUAACGAAGAUCCUUCUGUAUAGAAGAUAGACUCUAAUCCAAAAUAAUAAUGCGGUUAAGUGUAUCAUAGUUGCUAACGGCUGUAUAUAAUGUGUAUAACGGAUGAUCGUUCUUCAGUUCACCGAGCUUCUCGUCCUCCCCCCCCCCCUUUUUAGUCAAUUAUUUUUUUCUUUUUAUAUAAAUACAGUAUUGCGAAGCUAAUUUAUGAACAUUAUGUAUCAUUUACGUGUUAUCUGUAAGCACGACUAGCCAAACCUCUGUAAAUAGACACUCUCGUAAUAAACCUACCUGAAGUAACAUUUGCAACUGUCUCUCGAAUCCUCUUCCACGACGGUGUCUUCGCUACGUAACACAAGUACCACUGUAACCUAAUAACUCGUAACCAUCACAAUUUCAAAAUGUAAUUAUGAAUUACGAUUAUAAAUUGCUCUUUGUAUAUGAAACACUAAAUCGUGUAAGGAAUCUUCUUAUCACUUUUUCACAGAGCAGGAAUUCUGAAAAUUACAAACAUAGGAGAAGUACUGACAAUAACUAGAUUGAUUUAUUGCAAAAAUACUAACUUCUCUGCAUAGUGUAAUUGCAAGUAAAUCUCACACUCAUUCGUAUCGUUAAUCCAUUGUUAUCUACAUACUGUUUUAAUAUACCAUGAGUGUUCUUUUUGCGUCAGACAAUAGCUAACCCGUUAGGUUCAACAAAUAUAAAUAAAAAAUAAAAAUUUGCUCUCCUAUUUGAAUGAACUUCGUUUCUUAUUCGGGAAUAAAAGAAUUUGAAUCCUAACGAGUUACUGUAUGUUUAUCGAACACUUACAAUAUUCAGUCGAUAUGCAUAUUGAUUUACAACGGUUUCAUCGACGAUGUUAAAGUUAAAAACAA